AUGACAGAAAAUCAAACAUGGGUCACAGAAUUCAUUCUCCUGGGAUUCCCACUCAGCCCACUGACUCAGGUGUUCCUCUUCGGGCUCUUCUCCCUGUUCUAUGCCUUCACCCUGCUGGGGAACAGCACCAUCCUGGGGCUCAUCUGGCUGGAUUCCCGACUGCACACCCCCAUGUACUUCUUCCUCUCCCACCUGGCUGUUGUUGACAUAGCCUAUGCCUCAAAUAAUGUCCCAAAGAUGCUGGCGAACCUUCUGAACAAGGAAAAAACGAUCUCCUUUGUCCCAUGCAUAAUGCAGACCUUUUUAUACAUGGCUUUUGCUCACACUGAGUGUCUCAUCUUAGUAAUGAUGUCUUAUGAUCGAUAUGUGGCGAUUUGCCACCCCCUACGUUACACUGUCGUCAUGAACUGGAGAGUAUGCACGGUUCAGGCUGUCAUUUCCUGGGCAUGCGGCUCCCUGCUGGCCCUGGUCCAUGUGGUUCUCAUCCUGAGGCUGCCCUUCUGCGGGCCUCAUGAAAUCAACCACUUCUUCUGUGAGAUCCUGUCUGUCCUCAAGCUGGCCUGCGCUGACACCUGGCUCAACCAAGUUGUCAUUUUUGCUGCUUCUGUGUUUAUCUUAGUCGGGCCCCUCUGCUUGGUGCUGGUGUCCUACACGCGCAUCCUGUUGGCCAUCCUGAGGAUCCAGUCCGGGGAGGGCCGCAGAAAGGCCUUCUCCACCUGCUCCUCCCACCUCUGCGUGGUGGGGCUCUUCUUUGGAAGCGCCAUUGUCAUGUACAUGGCCCCCAAAUCCCACCACCCCGAGGAGCAGCAGAAGAUCCUUUCCUUGUUUUACAGCCUUUUCAACCCUAUGCUGAACCCGCUGAUCUACAGCCUGAGGAACACCGAUGUCAAGGGCGCCCUGAGGAGAGUGCUGUGGUUGGAGAGAUCAAUGUGA